AGCUGUGGACACUGCGUAGAUAUCAAACCUCGACAACUCUCUCUCUCUCUAGUCUCUCCUCAAGUCUCUCUCUCCUCCUACCUUUUAACGCAAACAACACCUCUUAAGUCCCUGACAUUUCUUCAUUCAUUCUCUCUCUUUCUUCGCUCUUCACACGACACCAUGAAAAGUUCCAUAUUCAAACAAACAGCACUUCCAGUCUCACAACCGGACUCUCAAGACCAGGGCCUGAUCCGCCGGCGACUCUCCUCCCUCUCUCUCAAGAUCCAGCCCAUCUCCGCCUCCCCCGCCGCCUCAUGGGCCUUUCGCCGCUCCAAAUCUGUCUCCUCCAUGGGCGAAUACGCCGGCAGUUCGAUCCGAAAAUGGUGGGAUUGGGGCUGGGCCUGGAUCCUAUCCAGAAAGCCCACGUUCGCCAGAGAUCUGGAAAUGAACGAGGAAGAAAGAGCCGCUCUGGGCUUCCAUGACAAGGGCAGCUUGAGACACGUGUUCUGCAAGGUCAGAUCAGAGAUCAGACGGCUCGUGGGCUCUGAUAAUUUGACUCUUCCACAAACUUUCAGGUACGAUUCAUUCAAAAAAGACAGAAUUUGAUUCAAGAAAAAAUGGUGAGAAAUUGAAGAAAGAAGAUGAAGUGUGUAAGUGACACGUGUCGAAAGAUGGUUCAAUGAUCUCAGAUCAAGCUCAAUUCUUUUUUGUAAAAUUUUCACUUUUUUAUUUUUAUUUUUUUAUUUCUUAUUGUUAUAUUGUCAUGUUGAUGAUGUUAUGUGUUAGACUAUGUCAUAUGUGUGUAUGUAUGAUGUGGGUUUGUUUAGAUGAUUGUGAGGAUGUCAAUGUCGCAUGCUAAUGUGAGCCGUUAGCUGGAAAAGGGGAUAUUAAUUGGGUGAACAUCGUAUACAGUGAACUAGUAUCAUUUGUUAAUUGUUAGCAUUAUUAUGAUGAUUAUAUUUAUUUUUUUA